GAACGGAACGAUCCGCAUCCCUCGCCGUUGAAGAUCUGGUUUUCCAGGUAUGUAAUGACUGAGCGCCAGCCUUGAGUGCAAUGAAGGAUUAUACAAAACUAUGGGCACACUUCUAUCAAGAACCGCAGUCAAUUAUCUACGUCGGUAGGUACCUUGCCUAGUUACCUUCAUGUCACGAUUUUCCCAUCAGCAUUGGUUACACAAUCUCAAAGGUCUUGGCGAUGUCUUGACGAGACAUGAGGCUAUUUCGAUCCACGGAUCGUACGAAGGAUUCAGGGGUCCACUUGCAUGUAUAUUUCUUUUGGGCUGCAUGUGAUAUUGUCUUUUCUGCAUGCCAGACAUUUUGUCGUUAGCCGGGCGUUCGAGGCUCGUCGAGAUGCGAUCAGGCAGGUGCACUCCGUGUUUACCUUCUUGGGAGAGUACCAAUGCAGAGUGGUAUCGAGUCAAUGGUGUUGGGGACACAGAAGAUAGGCCAGACGGGACGCAUUCAGUCAACAAUAUAUCCACAACCAUGAAGAAGCAAAGAGGGUGAUGCCUCGAAGUCUAUAAGUAAGACGACCACCCUCGAUGUUGUCGUUCUGAUCUCUCCCCCCAUCAUCAGUCACCACAUCCUCUACAAUCUCAACCAAAGAUUUUUUCCAACCGAUCAAGAUGUACUCCGUUCUCGCUCUUGCCGCCCUCGUCCGCGCCGUCGUCGGGCAAACUUUCUACGGCUGCUAUACGGAAAUUCCCACUCGGGCUUUGACCGGCGCGAGCACCGCGGACUUCGAGGCGAUGACCGUGGAGGCUUGCGAGACAUACUGCACCGAUCCCACCCGUAACUUCACCCUCUGGGGACUAGAAUAUGGAGGCGAGUGCUACUGUGGCAACUCUCUUGACACAGGUUCCUUCCCUACCUUCCCGGAAGAUUGCUCCAUGCAAUGCACUGGAGACGCCGGUCAGACAUGCGGAGGUCCAAACCGCAUCUCUCUCUGGGGCAGUUCUGAGGAGGCCCCUCCACAUACGCCUUAUCCUCACCCUGAGGUCUCCGCCCCAGUGUACCAAGGAUGCUUUAGCGAGCUCCCCGCCCCCGAUCGGGCUCUUGUUGGAGGUUUUGGCUUCUCCCCUGCGGCCAUGACAAUCGAACGCUGUGCGGAUUACUGUCUCAACUCUGGAUUUGUCUUCUUUGGACUGCAAUACAUGGCUGAAUGCUUUUGUGGCCAUGAGCUAGAUGCUUUGAGCGUCCAACUCGAAGACACGGAUUGUGAUUUGGCCUGCACUGGUGCUCCCACCGAGACUUGCGGUGGUUCAAGCAAACUCAGCGUUUAUCAGUGGAUUUAAGGCGAGGGAUGAAUGGAGAUGGGUGAGAGAAACCGGUGUUUGUUUCACGAAGUCUGGCUGUAGUCCUUUAAUUUGACAAGAGUCUACUUGUCGGUUGAGAAGGAUAGUGUUUUUGGCCAUGAAUAUACAAGUACCUGAGAAUGUUACUACCCCAUCAAGGUCCCUCGCGGUGACCGUGUCCUUCUGUGUUGGCCGGCCUCUCGGCGGCACUUAG